AUGUCCUACGAGUCAUCAAAUAACUUUUAUUCACAUAAUAAUAACCCUAAUCCUCGAGCACAACAGAUGUUAAGUUCAAAUUAUUACAGCAGACCGCCACCACAAUCUUCAGCGAUGAGUCAAUAUCAAGGAUAUCCAUCUUCAACUUCACAUCAGAUAUUUCCAUCAUAUGAUCCGUACGAAUCACGCUCAACUGGCUACUAUCCACCGUAUGCGAGCAGUCACGAGCAGCAACGACCAGUAGGAACUAAUUACUAUGGUGAAAAUCAUGUUGAGUCGCCAGUAUAUUUAUCAAAAGACAGCAAUUCACUGAAUGAUUCGAAUUCGAUGAUGGUUUCCAAUGAUUAUCAAACUGGUAAUACGAGUACGCCUAUGACACAAAUGCCUCAGAGAAAUAUCGGUUAUCACAAUUCUUCGAUGAUGCCUGCAGCUCAUCCAUCAUUAAGACAACAACAACAACAAGGCGAUCCAUAUGGGAAUAGCAAUGCAUCUCCAUAUUCAUACGCCAACUCUAAUAUGAUGAACGCACGCUAUUCAGUGCCACCACAUCGGUCAGCAUAUUCAAAUGACGUGACAUCUGGCAAAGUCCAGCCAUAUCCAACGCAAUCUUCAUAUCCCGCUUAUUCGAAUGGACCAAGUAAUAAUUAUCCGACAGCAUCUCAAUCAACUUGGCCCCCAUUGGUUUCUUCGAAUACCACUGAAUCCGAUUCGAACUAUUCUCAUUCGCAAAUGCAAACGUCAUCGUCAACAACAGGAACAGCAGAGUCCCGUUCUCAGGAUGAUGAUAGUAAUCCAACGAAAGCCAAAGGCAAUGUACCUGAAUCUCCAAAUUAUGCCAAUAUUUCCUCGAAUGUUUUCGACGAUGCUGAAUCGAGUAAUUCUUCGUUCUCAGACAGUCCAUCAGUAUCCAACGAGAAGGCUCCGAAAAAGCCGAAAAAUUCUCAAAUCACACAAUCCGAAAUCUUGAAUAAACUACGUGAAAUGGGUAACGAACCCGAGCGGAAUCUGUUCGUCGAUCGUUUACAAAAACUAUGGGAAGAGCAUCAUGUUGUUUGUCGAAAAUUACCAACACUUGCUCGACAGACAAUCGAUUUGUAUCGUUUAUAUCUACUAAUUCGUGAACAGAAUGGUUUCGAACAAUUUUCGAAGACUGCAAAGAAUCGUCAUUGGCGCGACAUUGCCUUGAAAUUACACAUUCCAAAUUGUUCAACAGCUGCAUUAACAAUGAAACAAAAAUAUAUUCAAUUGAAAUUGUUCCAUUACGAAUGUAAAUAUGAUCGAGGAAGCAUCGAUCCCGAGCCAAUUCUAGCAGAUAUCGAAAAACCCAAAGAGAAACGUUCGCUAAAACAGACGGACGAGAAAUCGAUGAAUUCAUUCACUGAAACUCCAUCAACAAAGCAACCAGAAACGGACUAUCAACCGGCCAGUGCGUCCGUGGCAAACGUCAAUAGUCAAUCUCAAUACGCUUGCAUACCAUCGACUGUUCAAUUUGCCAAAAAACCGGAUGAAUCAUACAAAGUUCAGUUACGUGCAAUGCCUGUGGCAUUCCCGCCGAAUUCUGUUGAAGCUACAACACUUUCAACAAAAUUCAAACGAAGAAAACUAACUGCGAAAGAUAUCCCGCCAAUUGAUCCUAUGAAACUAUUAAUGUCACUACGUGCUGGUUUACUCGCUGAAACGACUUGGGCAUUGGAUACGAUUAAUAUUAUGCUCUCUGACGAUCAAACACAUACAUAUUUUCGUCUAAAACAAAUGCCGGGUUUAUUACAAGCAAUCAUUGAUAAUUAUUUGAAGUGUUUAACUGAGUUAUUCGAUGAACUCAAAGUCGAACACGAAUCUCAAUUACAAGAAAACCAACAUGAGUCUAAUCAAGAGCAAGCUUCAGUUAUCUAUCGAAUCGAAUCCAAUUGUUUAAAUAAAUAUCAACGGAAAUACAGCAGACCGCAUGAUAUUAAAUAUGAACAUGUUUACGAUGAUCAAGGCAAUCUGAAAAGCAAUCCGGAAAGCGUUGUCGAUCUUCAAAAUACAGAUGAUUUGUGUUAUAUUCAAACUCAUUUCGAUCCAAUGCAUGUCGAUGAUCAUUAUUACGAAAAUCUUCAUCAUAGUCAUCAUUCUGAUGAUACUAUUUCAUCCGAAGAACAUGAUCAAGAGCCGACGAAAACUUCUGUAAAACGGUUGAAAUCAUUGGAAAGUGACAUAUCUCCGAAUUAUAACGAAGAGUUUCUUCAACAUUACAAACGAAAGUUUCAAUUCGAUGAAGAUUAUUCCUCGUCGACAAAUACAGAUCUCAAUGCUCAUAUGAAUGUCAACAAUCAGCAGGAAAAUGCCUCAGCAAUAUUCACUCGAUAUUCAUUCGGUUACGAUCAAACAUCUUCCCGUUGCAUCUGUAUCUCAUCAAUCUUACGAAAUCUUAGUUUUAUACCUGGCAAUGACAUCGAAUUAGUGAAAUAUCAAACAUUAAUUCAUCUGUUAGCUCGUCUCCUAUUACUCAGGCAUAAUGUUAAGACAACUGCUACUUCGUCAGAUAAUGAUCAAUCUCUUAUCGAUUAUCAAUCAAAGAAUGAAAAUCCAACAAUAUUACCAUCGUUUUCUUGGUCCGAAUGUUUGAUAAACAUUCGUGAGAAUACUCUAGUCACAUUAACGAAUAUAGCCGGUGUAUUAAUAUUCGAUUCGCUUGAUUCCGAUUUAAUCAAUCAAUUAAUCGAUGGUUUAUUACAUUGGUCAACAUGUUAUUCCGACGAGGCAAUGGAUCCAAUACAAUCUCCUUAUCUUUCUGCUCAACGUUUAUCGAUUGAAAUUCUAACAAAACUAAGCAUUCAUGAGAUGAAUAUGGAUUUCAUUCUUGCCACGCCGCCAGUUCAACGUAUCAGUUCUUUAUUUCGUAUUCUAACCGAUUGGCUGAAUGUUGACGAAAUGAACACUCAAUAUUCCAAUAUUAAUCGAUCUCAAACAUAUACUCAACGUGAAUUCGCCAUCGUUCUCUUGAAUGCUUUGUUGAGAUGUGAUUCAAAUGCCACAAAUAUCAUUACACAUAUUCCUUAUACGGUUUCCUUGUUAAUCAAUUUCUUAGAAGAUUACGAAAAGAAAACUAAUGAGCUAACCACACGUUACGGUUCCGAUUAUGUCCUACGCAUAUCGAACACUCAACAAGCUGAACAGUUUCUAUUCACAACGAAUGAUAUGUUGAAGCGUGCAGCUAACUGUUUAUUAUUGAUUGCACAUCAAUCAGAAAAUACCAAACUGAUGAAAAAGUAUGAAGAUCGAAUAUUGAAUUUGUCAAUAUCGAACAUCAUCGAUCGAAAUGUUGGACGUAUUCUUACAGAUAUUUUGCACUAUUGUUCAUAA